UAGUUUUUUUUCUUUUAUUCUUUCAGUUGCUUCUCUUUCUCAUCUGCCGCCCUGUGGUAACAUCGUUUCCUUCUUGCAACAACAAUGGCGAAGAAGCGAGAUCGAAUUGUCAACACUCAGCCUUUUAUCUCCGAUGACGCCUCCGUUGCUUCUUCCAGGAAACGUUCAAAGGUUCCUAAAACCCAUCAGAAGCAAGAGAAGUUGAUUGAAGCUGGUAUGAGCUCGAAGAUCAUGAAGCAAGCUCUUGCCCAGCAAAAGGAAGUUGCAGAUGAAGAGAACGCUGAGAGAAACCUUCGCAGCGCCGCUUUUGCUGUUGCUGGCGCUGCUACUGCGGGAGAGGAGAAGAAAGUGCUGGAGGAGGAAGAAGCAGAUGAUAUUGAUGAAUUUGAUGGAAACUUUGAUACUCAGAGCCAAUUCGAUAAACAAGAGGAGAUCAAUGAGGAAGAUGAGAAGUUGUUUGAGUCAUUCUUAAAUAAGAAUGCUCCUCCUCAGCGUACUCUCGCUGAUAUCAUUAUCAAGAAAAUCAAAGAUAAUGAUGCUGACGUAGCUGAAGAGGAGCGUCCUGAUCCUAAAAUGGAUCCUGCCAUAACCAAAUUAUAUAAAGGUGUUGGCAAGUUUAUGAGUGAGUAUACAGUUGGGAAGAUUCCCAAGGCAUUUAAGCUUAUUACUUCAAUGGAACACUGGGAGGAUAUAUUAUACUUGACCGAGCCAGAGAAAUGGUCACCUAACGCUUUGUAUCAAGCCACCAGAAUCUUUGCUUCCAACUUGAAAGACACACAAGUUCGACGGUUUUAUAACUAUGUUUUACUUCCGCGAGUGAGAGAGGAUAUUAGAAAGCACAAGAAGCUGCAUUUUUCUCUGUACCAGUCGUUAAAGAAGUCCCUGUUCAAGCCUAGUGCCUUCAAUCAAGGGAUACUAUUCCCUCUUUGUAAGUCGGGGACAUGCAAUCUCAGAGAAGCUGUAAUUAUAGGGAGCAUUCUUGAAAAGUGUUCGAUCCCUAUGCUCCACUCAUGUGUUGCCUUGCACAAGCUGGCUGAGAUGGACUACUGUGGCACAACAAGUUACUUUAUAAAAGUUCUUUUGGAGAAGAAAUAUUGUAUGCCAUAUCGAGUGCUUGAUGCAUUGGUUGCUCACUUCAUGAGAUUUGUCGAUGAUAUAAGAGUUAUGCCUGUGAUUUGGCACCAGUCUCUUCUUACCUUUGUGCAACGGUACAAGUAUGAAUUACUAAAAGAAGACAAAGAACAUUUCCAAACUCUCCUCCAGAGGCAAAAGCAUCACCUUGUAACUCCUGAGAUUCAGAGAGAGCUUAAGGGUAGCAGAAACCGUGGAGAGAAAGAAGAUCCUAUGUUGGAUAAUUUUGUCCCAGUACCAGCUAAAGAAGACAGGUUUGACAUUCCUGAAGUACCAAUGGAAGAGGACUGAUGAUGAUGAUUCAUCUUGUUUGGGGUUCCCAGUUUUGUCAUGGUUAUUCUGUUUCUUAUUUAAGCGAGGAUUGAAUAUUAUUGUUACAUGAUAGUGUAUCUUUUAAACAUGGGUUUGGAAUUCCCAUGGGUUUAGUUUACUUUAAUUCAUCUUUUUGAUAUAAGAAUCUAGUAGACGACAUUUAUUGAUGUGAUUAUUAAAAUAUUCACAUUUUGCACGAA